AUGUCCCCAGCCAAGCCCCAAAUCUUUCUUGUCCGGCAUGCCGAGUCGGUUCACAAUGUCACCAAAGACUUCAACAUUCGCGACCCCGGGUUAACCCAAGUUGGCCAUGAGCAGGCUGCCGCCUUGGAGGCAUCCUUCCCCGACUUGUCCUCUGUUGCUGUUGUCAUUACCUCCCCUCUGACAAGAGCAAUCGAGACGACACUCGACGCCUUUGGCUCGAUUCUCCCAGGCGGCAACAACCUGAUACUGGACCCCUACCUCCAAGAGCGAAGCGACCUGCCCUGCGACACUGGCUCUCCCAUCUCGGUGCUCAAAGAGAGAUUCCCUUCAUUUCCCGAUGUUGUCUGGUCCAGUUUGGCUGGAAACGCUUCGGAACUCGAUGGUGACGACUGGCUGGAAAAAAAGGGCGAUUAUGCGGCGGACGAUGAGAGCGUAACCAAAAGGGCGGAGAAGGUCAGGAAGAUUUUGUGGAAUGUUGCCCAGAACAUUCAGCAGGCGCAGAAGGAGGAAGACGAGAAGGCCGCCGAAGAAAGGGAGGACUUGAAAACGAGCAUCGUGGUGGUUACACAUGGGGUUUUUAUGAAAUUUUUGACAGAGGACGAGACAAUCGAUUUGCCAAAGGCCGGAUGGAAGGAUUACUAUGUGGAAGAAGUCGACAAGUUUGAUGGAAAGGGCAAGAGGAUUCCUGUAAAUCGAUCACCGCCUUGCAGACAGAAUCCACCCCAUCUAACUAGUAACAUCACCCGAACCCCUAAAACCCUGAACCCCUGA